AUGCCCGUGCCCUGGGAGAAAUAUUUCCGACUGGCCUUGCAAGAGAAACUGUCUAUGAAGAUCCAGGGGCGGAAUGUGGACCACGUCCCACCGCCACUGCUGCGUCUCUUGGAGAAGAGGCAGGAACUAGUGGAUGCGGACCAGGGCCUUCAGGCCCAGAAGGAGGUGUUCCAGACUAUGAAGGCAUCCCUGAAACAGCGGUGGGAACAAUUGGAACAGAAAGAGCAGGAGUUAAAGGGGUCCUUUGUCCGCUUUGAAAAGUUUUUGCAGGAUGCCGAGGCCCGGCGCAGCCGCGCACUGCGGAGGGCGGCGGAGGAGCGGCAACUGGCGGGCCGCCGGGAGGCGGAGGCGCUGCAGCUUCGGGCUCAGCUGGAGGAGCUGCAGCGGGAGCGCGCGCGGCUUCAGCGCCGGCUUUGGCGCCUCGAGCCCUGCGCGCGCCUGCUGGGGCAAGUACUGGAGCAGCUGCCCGAGUUCCAAGAGGUCCCCGAGCUGGUGGCGCGCUUCGACAGCCUGGCCGACACGCAGGCGGCGCUGAGGCUCACGGAGCACCAGCGGCUCGCGGAGCUGGAGGAGGCGCGCGCGCGGCUGCAGCGGCUGCGGGACGCCUGGCAGGACGAGCUGCUGAGGCAGGGCCAGCGGCGAGCGCAACUGCUGGAGCAACUGGAGGCGGCGCGGGAGCGCACGCUGCACUGGGAAUCCAAGUGUAUUCAGAUCCAGAACACCGCGGCUGAGAAGACCCUGCUCCUGGGACGCACCAGGAUGGCAGCACUCAACCUGUUCCAGCUAGUGUGCCAGCACCAGAGGCGGCCACCUGCCCUGGACAUCGAGGACACCGAGGGGCAUCUGGAGCAGGUGAAGCUCUUCAUCCUGGACCUCUCCGCCAUGCUGGCCGGCCUCCAUCAGGCCAAGCCCUCCGUCCCCGCCUCCUAA